AUGUUGUCAUACAGGUGUCCAAGCACGAUCUAUGGGUUGUUGAUGUUACUCUCCACGUUGGUUUCCCGCGUCACUCCUACACUCGCUGAUCUGAGUCCUUCUGCAACAACCAACUCAUCAAACCGAAUCGUACCCCACUGCUUCACCCCCGACACCAGUGCGGGCAUCGGCGAAACCAAUCUCAAAGACUGCCGCAAUGCCCUCGUCGCUCUUGCCAGUAACCCUGACUUCACAGUCCCGAUGAGCUUUAGCAAGAAUCACCGACGUGGACACAAAAUACCCCGAGGUUGGGUUUCUGGAGAUUGCGUCAUAUUUGUCAGUUGCGCCAACGAUAGAGAUGCAUACACGUUUCGGUUUGCGGAUGUUUUGGUGGUAGCGAAGAGGCUUGUUGACACUUGUGUGGGAAGGAAUGCGGGGAAGUGGGGGUUCCUGAAAUGGGGCGGUGUUGAUAUUUUGGGAGAUUCUGAGACUUUCUAUGUUAGUGUUGGGAGGCCACAUCCUCGGAGGACUCUGGAUGGGAGUGCCACCCCUGUGGAGUUGGGGAAUGGAACGUUGUUGGAUCUGGCAAUUGGAGUCUCCUGA